UUAAAGUAGUCGGCGGCCGGCCAGCUGAAGAACACCCCGGGAUUUCGAAUCGCCACGUUCCCCCCAUUGUGAUACCAAGACAUCAAAGGCACUCGGCUCGGCGCGCUCACGAUGCCCACUGACUGGCACACCCCACGCCGUGUGCCUUCAUCUCCGAACCCACUCAAAAUCCUUGGCGCCGCGCGGUUUGUGCCAGUGCUCAUCAGUGGCACACCUCGACAGGGGGCUGAUGGCAAUGAGCGCCCUGCUGCUAUGGCUGGCGCUGCUGCCAAGUGCCAUUCAUGCCGCCAAAUGCCCCCUCUUUUGCACUUGCGCGGAGCGGCUCCUCAGGUGCAACGGGACGCAGCACCGGCGUGUGACAGUGCCAGCCUUGACGGCCGACCUGGGCUUCACGGACUUGUAAGUACCCAAUGGGGUGCUAGGGGUUGUGUGGGGGGGUCUGGUUAAUGCCAGGCUGAGAGUGCGCUUGAAUAUUGAAGCGGUGCCCUCUUCGCCCUCACAGGGAUUUCCACGGAAACGCCAUCUCGUCCGUCGGUAGGAAGACGUGGAAGUUCUACAGUUCGGUGGUCUUCCUGUAAGUCCAUUCUGCCGACCACCCGCGGUGUCCACGGCCUCGCAACCCCCCCAUUCGAGUUUCCGUCUUCUUUUCUCUGCAGGACCCUAGCGGACAACUCCCUGGUGGAGCUCACUGACGACUCGUUGGUCGGCCUGGGGCGACUCCGGUUCCUGUAAGUGGCCGACCCGGCGGGCGGUCUGGGACGGCGUGGGGGGGUAGGGGGGCGGCUUUGUCACGUAAAUGGACUGAACUUAGAGAGGGGAGAGAGCACGUGCUGCAUUAUAUAGCGCCUCGCCCGUCUCUCUGCCUCCCUCAGGGAUGUUUCGGACAACAGGAUCAGGAAGAUCUCGGGUUCGGCCUUCGACCAGCUGCCCUUCCUCAUGUCCAUCCUCCUGGCCGGUAACCAACUGCUGCAGCUGCUGCCCGACCGAGCGCUGAGCCCCCCGCACGGCUUCCACUUUCUCAAGUGGCUGAGCCUCCGGGACAAUCCGUUAAGGGUUCUGGAAUAUUCUUCAUUGGCAGCCCUGCCUGCCCUGCAGAUUCUGGACUUGCGAGGGACUCCACUGUCCUUUUCGGCAUUGCAGCCCCUCCUUCAACUGGCACCGCCAAUCCCGCACCUGCUCUUACCCAUCAGUGUCAGGUGCUGCAUAUGCAAGACCCAGAUGGCAGCUGCUACCACCGCUGCGACUGUGCCAGCCAGAUGUGCCCUCCUGUGUGGACCUCUGAAGCCAUCCUGCGUGGUCACAAAUGCCCCCAAAGGCCCAGUGACGCCCCCCAAGUUGAAGCCCCCCUCAGGUCUGCCCAUUCCCACCAACAGCGAGAGGUUCGACUUGUCCCACCUCAGGUGGCUCAUCCAAGAGCGGCCGGUGAGCCUGAAAAACGUCGGCGACCUGCUGAGCUUCAUCACGGUGCUCGACAUGGUGCAGGACAUGAAGCCCAACAGGACGGUGCUGGGGUCCUUCGCGCAGCUCAUCGAGGACCACUGCUUGAACCCGGACUAUGAGGACGUGUGUGUCAGGACCAUGACUGAUGUCAUCGUGCAGGUCGAGCGGCACCUGGGUGAGGGCAUCAUUGGGCAGCUCGAGACGCUGGCGGACGCACUUCGGGAGGAAUCGGAGGUUCAGGGGAAGCCACCAGGGGUCUCCAAGAAGGCCUCCCUGGACAGCCAGACAAUCAUCAUACUGGCCGCCAUCUCCGCUUCCGCCGUCAUUGUUGCAGCCGAGUGUGUGUCGGAGAUCAUCCGCCAAAGAAAACUCCACCAGCCACCGGGCCACGAGGAGGACACAUCGGAGGCCAGCGGGGACACCAUGUGACCAAUGGUCACCAGGGCUGAGGACAAAUAAAGCGCUCAUUGUCACCCACUGUGUCUGCCUGCUAUUUUCUUCCCCCUAUCUCAGGGUCACUUUAGUUGCUAGGCAACAUCUCCCUGCCAUGAAAAGUCUUGAAAUGGGGGAGGGUGGGCAUCGGGUGCAAGGCAGGAACCAUCCCUGCAGGGGGCACCAGUUCAUCAUAGCCACAGCAGAGUGGCACACAGGGAGAACACUCCAAGACACUGGCCCUGUGAAGCACCAGCACCAACUGCUGUGCCACUCUGUGUGACAACACAAGUAACAGGAAUCUGGUGGGCAAGGACACCACUUGGACUGGCACCCCGUCUCAUUCCUGG